CUACUGAGGAGAACACAGCUUAUCAUCAUUCCGAUUUUAACAGCUGAGCUGAAGUCAGUUGUACUUUUGCAACAGACUUUGUAAGUAGACUGCAAAAGGCUUUUAUAGGGUAAUGGUAUUUUCAGUGAUUGUUGGCUAAGUCCCUUGUUUACACAUUUGUAUGUUAAAAUUAUUUUCAUUGUUAACACAGUGGUUUAGGGGGCACAAACAACUUAGUAACUGAGCUACUACUUAGGUACAAAUCAUGAAUAAAUAUAGUAAAUGAAUGAAAUACAUGAACCACUAUGAUUGAUUAAUGAUGAACAAACAUGUGAUAAGUUCAUAACUAAGUCUUAGUUUCUGGUUAAUUAAUACAUUAAAAGAAUGUGCUACUUCAUAAUUUGUGCCCCUGCAAGUAAAAUAUUACCUUUUUACUUGAACAUGUGACUGAACUGAAGUAUGUAAAUGUCAAACAACACUGUUUUUUUAACUGUUCCAAAAUUCAUUAGCAACCAUUUGUAGUAAGUAUUUUAGUAAGUCUUCAUUUUAGAAAAUUGAAAUAUGUUGCUAUACUCUUCUAACCCAUAGAAAAGUUACAGCUAUAAUGUAUCUGAUUACAUUUUAGUUUGAACGUCCUACCCAGAAGAUUUCAUGUAGACUUCAAUUAAACGAAACCUGUCCUCUGUAUAAACAUUUUAAAAGCAUAAAUGUCAUUAAUAAAGUAUUUUUAUCUAAUCACACAGUAGUUCUUAAAUAUGGGCCCUGAUGUUUUUAAAAACAACUAUUGGAGCUAUUAUGAGUUAAAACAUUUUAAGAUGAAAAAUAUUAUUAUUGUUGUUACUGUACUGUACUUACGCUCACUUCUGAUGCUAAUGACUAUAUGCAUGUAUUCCCAGGAACCAUCGCUGUACACAGUGAAAGCUGUUUUAAUUUUGGACAAUGAUGGAAAUAGACUCUUAUCAAAGUACUAUGACACUGAACUGUACCCUUCAAUAAAGGAACAGAAAAACUUUGAGAAGAGUGUCUUUAACAAAUCCCACAAAGCUGACAAUGAGAUAGCAUUCUUGGAGGGCUUGACUAUUGUAUAUAAGAGUAGUGUUGACCUCUUCUUCUACGUGGUGGGGAGUGCCCAGGAAAAUGAGCUCAUGCUGAUGAUGGUUUUAAAUUGCCUAUUUGAUACGCUCAGUCAGAUCCUGCGAAAGAAUGUGGAAAAGAGGUAUCUUUUAGACAACCUGGACGGUGUGUACCUUGUGGUGGAUGAAAUCAUUGACGGAGGGAUAAUCUUGGAGAGUGAUCCACAACAAGUCAUUCAGAAGGUCAAUUACAGAGUGGAUGAAAACCCCUUGUCAGAGCAAAGUGUAGCUCAGGUUUUGCAGUCCGCGAAGGAACAAAUCAAAUGGUCGAUACUGAAGUAAACGUGGAACAGAAGUGGCUCUAAUUCGUCGUGCAAUAAAAAUGUGUGUGUGCCUUCGCUUUUAUGUGCAUUUAUUGGGGCUGCGUAUGUUUUUCAUAUUAUAGUAUAUAACCGAGCAGCAAAGACAGAUUUGUUGAAGCAAACUAUAUAAAUUUCUGUGUUCCAGUCACAGGUUCAGCUAUUUCUUGUGAUUUUUCCCCCAUUGUUUUUUUACGACAAAACUGUUACAGUCAUUUAUUACCGAAUGUUACACACAACUAGCCUAAUUCGACUGUUUAUGUUGAAAUAAACUACCUUAUUAACAACACUAACGAAGUGCUGAUCAGUAAUUAGUCUUACCACUACUUUCAUUUAUAUAUAUAUCUCCAUUUUCUACUUUUAGAAUUUUUUAGCUAAAAAAACAAGUAAAUAUUGAGUGCCAGUCAAUAUUUGUUAGUUAAAUGCUUAGAGAAUCGCACAUAGACCAGGCAUUAAAGUAACAGUGAUUGUUUUUAAUAUAACGUUAUUAAAUCUUCUUUGCGGGUAAUUUAAAAUUUAAUAGCUUUAAAUAAAGGGGUUUUCUUGUAAAUGCAACCGAUUUCAUAUGUAGUUGUCGGUGUAUUUUUUGCCUUGGUUUCCGUGAAAACAAUAAAGAGUGGUUUAUACCUAAAA